GCGUAAAUCAAGCGCUGCGGAGGUUUGGAAUCGUCCGAACAGUCAUGUAGUAGUAGAGAGAAAGAGCUGAACGCGGACAGAUAAACGCGACAUGGCUCCAUUACUUCUCAUCAUUAUAACUUUUGUCAUCUCUCUCUUUCUAGUGUGGAUGUGUGGAGACUGGCGCAGAAGACGGACAGGAGAGCCUCCAUUAGUCACCGGUCUUCCCUUCAUCGGUGUAACUUUGGAUUAUGCCAAAGAUCCUCUGGGCUUCAUAAAAAAGACUCAACAGAAAUAUGGGGAUGUCUUCACGUGUAAGAUCGCCAGAAAGUAUUUCACUUUCAUCACAGACCCUUUCUCUUUCUCUCAGGUAGUGCGGCAGAGUAAAAAUCUGGACUUCCAGAAGUUUGCGAUGGGUUUCUCACAGAGGGUGUUCGGUCACGCUGAUUUCACCUCUCCAGUGUUCAGUGAGAAUUACAGAGAAGUUCACUCAAUCUUCAGACAAACGCUUCAAGGUCCGUCGCUGGAGCAGUUAUCACAGAGCAUGCUGGGUAAUCUGCAGGUGGUUUUGAGACGAGGCCUAUCACGUGAGCACGGCUGGGUGCAAGAGGGUCUGCAGGACUUCACGAACCGCAUCAUGUUCGAGGCAGGCUUUCUCACUCUGUUCGGAAAGGACGCAGGGCUUCUUCAGUCGGAUGGCGGCAGGACGUGCAUGCGGAAAGCAGCUCAGGACUUUUUGGUGUUUGAUCGUGCAUUUCCUGCGCUGGCUGCAGGCGUUCCCAUCGGACUGUACGUCCCGGCGUGGAGAGCGAGGGAAGCUUUAGCAGAGGAACUUCUGCACGAUGAACUUCAUCGCAGGAAGUGCAUCUCGGAUCUGAUUCAGCGCAGGAUGGAUGCGUUUGACCGCAUGCAUCUGGACGAGACGGGUAAAGCGCGAACACACGUGUGCAUGCUGUGGGCAUCGCAGGCUAAUACACUGCCUGCAGCUUUCUGGAGCCUUUACUAUACACUGAGAUGUGGUGAUGCUCUCACUGCUGCUCGCUCAGAGAUCAACAGAGUUCUGUCAGGUCAAACAUUAAAUGAUCCGGAUCGACCGAUCAGUCUGACCAGAGAACAGUUGGACUCUAUGACUGUAUUAGAAAGUAUUAUUGAAGAAUCUCUUCGGCUCUCCAGCGCCUCCAUUAUGAUUCGGGUGGCCAAAGAUAACUUUACUUUAACGCUGGACUCAGGUCAGACUGUCUGCAUUAGAAAAGGAGAUUUCAUUGCUCUGUAUCCGCAGCUCAUACACCUGGACCCUGACAUCUACCCUGACCCAACGGAGUUCAAGUAUGACCGCUUCCUAGAAGACGGAGAAAAAAGGAAAAGUAAUUUCUUCAAAAAUGGCCGACGACUAAAGCAUUUUCUGGUUCCGUUCGGUUCUGGUGCCAGCGAGUGCCCCGGGCGUUUCUUUGCAGUAAAUGAGAUUAAAGAGUUCAUCGCAUUGGUUCUGUGGUUUUAUGAUCUGAAACUUGAUGACAUCAGCAGCACCCUGGUUCCAGACAGCACCCGCGCAGGCCUGGGUAUCCUGCCACCCUCACGAGAUGUUCUUGUCAGAUACAGAAGAAAAACUGAGACCACAGGAUCAGAGUAACUAAAGUAAAUAUAAGGAACAUAAAUGUGUUGGCUUAGAGAGGUGAAAGGGCAGAUUUUUGAUAGAAAUAUAUUGAAAGCAUAUUUUUCUAUGCUAAAGUAAUUUAUGGUAUUAAUGAAAAUGCAGCAUUUUGUAUGAUUGGGCUCAAAGGUGCUGUAGAAUAUAAAACUGUAUUUAUGUAGGCAUAGAUAAAUAAUAAGAGUUGUGUACAUGCUAAUGAUAUAUUGUGUGUAGGGCUGUGACAAAGAGGCUGUUUACACUUGGCAUUAACAUGCGUUUUCGUCAAUCGGAUCACAAGUGGACGACGUUAAUGCCAGGUGUAAACGGUGUUCAAAACGUUUUGAGCUCGUCCACUUUCGACCACUUUCAUCCACAUCCAGAGGUAGUCGAAACCACUUUCGAUCGGAUCGCUUUGGAGUUGCGGAACACACAUGUGGUUGAAUGUGUUCGAACAGCCACACGCGACCGCCUUCUCUCCGCCCAUUUAUCUAAUCUGAGGUAUUAAACACAAGUUUUACGUCUUUUUUUGACUUCAGGCGUGAACAUACGGUGAACAGCGCUAUUUUUAGCCUUUCAUUGAUAAAACUAAAGCGGCUGAUCUCCGUAGUUGCGCAAUCAUUUCAUCAGUUGCGCCGAAAAUUCAGAUAAAGCUCUUACAUAGACACGUACAAAACACUGUGCAGCAUGUUUACUGAAACACAAGCAGUGGACUCCGACAUAAUAUUAGUUUGCGUCCAUAUAAACUCAUAAUUACUCCCGCUCGGGUUUAAAUGACAGUAGACUCGCCCACCGUCUCACAGACCACCCCCUCAUAGUUUUCAGGAGAGAAGCGGUCAAAAGUGGACAAAAGAGACGGAUUUAAAUACCAGGUGUAAAUGUAAUGUGUCUCUCUCGUCCACUUGUGAUCCGAUCGAUGAAAACAGAUCUUAAUACCAAGUGUAAACAGCCCCAAAGAUAAAAUGAUCGUCUCAUCGCGAUUGUUUGACCUCAUCGUGAUGAUUUCAGAUCACCGCGAUGAUUGCACUUCUCUUUAAAAACACAAGGGGGAGCUGCAGCGCCUGUAUAGACGAGACAGUAUCAGAUUACUUUUAAAAAUGUGUUAUGUGUACAAAUAUUUACUGCCAGAUAAACCAUGCAAAAGAUUUCAUAUAAAUAAUCACAACAAUCUGUGAAAAUAAUUUUAUAAACAAAAAAUGUAUGAGGAUUAAAUGUCAAAGCAAAAAACAGGCACAAUUUAUCAAACAAUUAAUUUCAUAAUCGUGACAGCCCUAAUUGUGAGCCUCAAACUUGAUUGUUUACUCCUUCUUAUGUAAACCUCAUGCAUGCAAAAGACCGCUGGAAAACAGACCAAUCUCAACAUAACACUAACUGUGACGUUACAUUCAUGAUGUACACCCCAACAAUAAAUUACACAUUAAAUUAGUUACAAUGUCGUUACAGUGCUAAAAACAAAGUUGUGAAGGCUGAGUUAGCGCUAUAUGCUAGUUAAUGUUAUAUGCUAGCGUUUAGGCUGAAGUUCUACUAUUGACGUUACAGUUACGGUUUGCAGGUCCAUACUGAAAAAAACACAAACUUACCACUCAGAAACGUCCAUUAUCAAUCUCCAAGACAAUUGAUUAUUCCUCAAAAUCUGUAUCUUCAUCUGAUACAGACUCAAACAUCUGUUUACACACACAGAGCUACUGAAGGAGAAACAGCCAAUCAGAGCAGAGCUCAU